AUGGAGUCUCAGCCAUAUCCUAUACCGUCUGGUUUACACGAGAUACCUGUGCAUCUUCUCGAUUUACGGUCGGAUGCGGAAAUUGAUCAGGAUCUUCUCAGCCCCAAGCCCGUUACAGACGAAAAGAACGUCUGGUUUUUUUGGCACUCCGGUUUCCAGCACAUGCAUGCAUACACACAGCGUAAUAUCCGUGCCUGGCACAGACGUCUUUCAAAACAUGGCUGGAAAAUACGGGUCCUGGACCGACAACCUGAAUCGCCACUGAAUGUCGCCAAUUUCCUAGACGUCUCAGACCCAGCUACUUUCCCCAAGGCUUUCAUUCACGGCACCUUGGCUGGCAAAUACGCGCUUCAGCAUACUUCCGACCUGGUGCGAUUUCCGCUACUACUAAAGUAUGGUGGUAUUUACGCGGAUGUAGGCUUGAUGCAGAUUGGGGACCUCGAUCGUCUAUGGAGUGCGACAAUUGGCAAUCCCGAAUCGCCUUUCGAAGUCCUGUCGUUCAACGCCGGUGGCGUGGACGGCCGCAGUCUUACGAAUUACUUCCUUGGCUCCAACCGCAACAACCCAUUCUUCUCCAGGUGCCAUCGCCUUUUGUUGGCGUUGUGGGCGGCCGAGGGCGGCAAGACAAGCACCGAAGGAAUGCACAGCAGUCCGCUCUUGAAAGGCGUACCGUUGAUGGGCGGCAGUUUCACCAUUGAAGAAAAGGGAAGAGUGAUUGACCCGGACGAAACAAGCCGCCUUCUAACGGAUUACAUUAUCCAAGGUCAAGUGAUUACAAUGGUCAUGGAGCUCAUCGACGAAGAAGGCGGUUGGAAUGGUCCCCAAUACGUGGCAGAAAAUAUCUACGCUGUAGAAUUUAUGGAGGGAUCACAAUUGAUCAACGAGUUUACUAAUUGGGAUGGCCGAAGGGCUUUUGAGCUGAUGUCGCUUCCCCUUCCGAAAGAUGGCGAGCCCGAGAGUCCAGAUCAGAAACAGGCCCGCGAAAUUGUCGAGGGCUGUCUACAGAGAAGCUUUGCGUUCAAGCUGGCACAUGGGCUGAUUUUGAGAGUGUUCCGAGCCACGCUUGGUUCUUGCUGGAGGGAUAAUCCGGGUUCGGAUAACAUCCCAGGCACGUACGCUCAUUGGCUUCGAUAUGGGACGAUUUAUUGGAACCAGGACAACAUUCCACCGACGCUGCAUUUCAAGAUUACCCCCCCAGUCAAGAAGGGUCCAUUGCUGCGACCAGAAUAG